AUGUGGAGUGCCACACUCCGACCUCCGGCCACGUGGCGGGCAACAGGUCGAGCGGCCUUAUCAACAUUUCGAGGACACGCAAACCCCCGAGGUCCACGAAACUCUCUACGAAGGCCGGAGCCUAUAUCAAGCAGAUCAUCAAAUCCCGAGCCUGCAUUGCCUGAACAGCCGCAGGCAGACCACUUGAAUCCAGAGACACCAGUACCUGGCAAUCCUAAUUCAAACUACGAUCCCGCUCAGAAUACCCUUUUAGCCCCCGUUCACAUACCAGAGGAUCCGAAUGGAGUUCUCAAAGGUAACCAUCCGGCGACGAAUAUAUUGGCAAAUUCAGGAUUGGUCGUCCAGAGGCAGUUGGAAAUGAUGAACGUGAUGAUCGGGUUCGAACAGGCGAACAGAUACGUGAUAAUGGAUGCGCAUGGGAACCAUGUGGGAUAUAUGGCAGAGCAAGAAAAAGGUAUGGCCAACAUGGUGGCUCGACAGUAUUUCAGGACGCAUCGGAGCUUUGUAACACAUGUGUUUGAUCGGCAUGAGGAUGAAGUGCUCCGAUUCCACCGACCCUUUUCCUGGAUCAAUUCCCGGAUUCGAGUGUACGAUCCUCUAGACAUCGCCAGCUCGGCAUAUUCAUCGUCGACCUCCCUUCAGGGAACUUCUCCGGCAUCUCUUACUCAAAUUUCAAGUGGUUCGAAUACUAGAGUUUCUUCCCUGGGAUUGGAUGACAUGCGCUUGAUUGGAGAGGCCCAGCAGCAGUGGGCUCCGCUACGGCGGAAGUACAACCUGUUUACCUAUCAUUCUUCCCCAGAGGCCGCGACGGAUAUGGGUAUUAAACAAUUACCUCUUUCACAAAUGGACUUGUCUAGAUCGCAGCAGUUGCAGCUAUCUAGAACUUCGCAGCGUGGAGAGGAUGUUGGGGAAUUCAACCAGUUUGCAUAUGUGGACGAGCCGUUUUUAUCAUGGGAUUUUACCCUCCGCUCAGCUGAGAACAGGCCUAUAGGAUCUGUGAACCGCAACUUCGCCGGGUUCGCUCGCGAAUUGUUCACGGAUACUGGUGUCUACGCACUACGGAUGGAUUCCGCUGUUGCUGAUCCCGGAGAAGUUCCGGCGGGCGCUGGCAACCAGAUCACUGGCAUGACUCUGGAUCAGCGUGCGGUGAUGCUGGCGACCGCAGUGAGCAUCGACUUUGACUACUUCAGCCGCCAUAGCGGAAGUGGUGGAAUAGGCUUCUUUCCCCUCUGGUUCCCUAUGAGCGGUGAAGCCGCAGCUGGCGGAGCUGCUGCUGGUGAAGCUGGCGCAGUGGGAGAAGCUGCUGCUGGCACUGUUGGUAGAGCCGGUGCUACCGGUGGAAUAGCUGAUGGGGCCGCUGCGGGAGCUGCUGGUGCGGGAGCAUUAGCUGGAUAUGAUGUGAUGCAGAGGGGGCUCUCUGGUGACGCCGCACAAGUUCCACCAUCGGAACAACAACAGCAGCAACAACAGCAACAAGCGGACCAGCAGUCGCCAGCGGAAAGUCCCCAGGAAGAUGUCUGGUCAGAAGAAAGAGGUGGUGAUCCUUGGGGUCAGGAUGCUGAUGAUCCAUGGGGUAUGGGUGACGAUGAGUCGGAUGGUUCCGACUUCUUCUGA